AAACCAGUUGCGAUCAAAACAAACAGAAUAUUUAAAUGGCGACGAAAGAAGGUAGUGCGAAAACUAACUUAAAGCCGGGAAUUAUCUAUUUUAGCAGACUCCCGCCUUUCAUGAAACCUGCCAAAGUUAGGUAUAUAUUUGGUCAGUAUGGAGAGAUUGGAAGAUUGUUUUUGCAACCAGAAGACCAGAUGGUCAGAAAAAGACGCAAGAAAUACGGAGGGAAUAAAGGCAAAAGUUUCACCGAGGGAUGGUUGGAAUACAAAGAUAAAAUGGUGGCAAAAUCUGUGGCAACAACACUAAACAAUACCAUUGUAGGAGGCAAGAAAAGAAACUAUUACCAUGAUGACAUUUGGAAUAUAAAGUAUUUACCUAAAUUUAAGUGGUCCCACCUAAGUGAAAAAAUUGCUUACCAGAAAGCAGUUCGGGAACAGCAAAUGAGGACUGAAAUUUCUCAGGCCAAACGAGAGGCCAACUAUUACUUAGAAAAUGUUGACAGAAAUAAAGCUUUGAAAGCCAUAGAAAAACGAAGGAAAAAUAAAAACUUAGGAGACAUAAAUCCUUUGCCUAACAAGAAACCACGCUUUGAAAGAACUAUAGAAAUGAAAACUAACAUUGAAAUUGGCAGCCGUAAUUCUAAGUCUAAAAUCAGCCAAAGUUUAUUGAAAAAGAUAUUCACUGGAGGAAAUGCUUGAAUAACAUCAUUUAUAUCAGAAAAAGAAGGGAAAUUAUCAGCAGACAGAUAAUAUCCAUGGUAGACACGGAUAACUAUUUGUAAAUUGGUUGCAGUUGCAUAAGAAUUAUCUUUUCGAGAUGUAAUUCUUGCAACCUUGACGUUGUAAUUAUAUUAUACAAAUUCCUAUUUAUAUCAUCAGAGUUUAA